AUGUUCGUACGGCGCGACCUCACCGAUUCAGUUGAAACCCGCGAAGGCAAUAUGCACUUCGUUAAACAGGGCACCGGGUAUCCGCUGGUGAUGCUACACCCGCUGGGCACAUCGACCUGGGCGUGGAGCACCGUCAUUGACGCCCUCAGCCAACACUACACCUGCUAUGCCUUCGAUAUGAUGGGGCAUGGGGAGUCCGACAAACCCACCCGGCACUUCAACAUUCCCGACUACGCCCAGGCCCUCGACGACGCCUGCCAGGUUCUUAACAUACACCGCGGCCACUACGUGGGUAAUUCGGUGGGCGCAGUGUUGGCCACCGAAAUGGCUGCCACCUACCCCGACCGGCUGGACAAACUCGUCCUGGUUGGCGCGCCGGUUUGGGAUGCGCGAACCGCCCCCCAGCGCAUUGCCGAGGCUGCCGCCGGUUACGACGGGGAUGGUAUGCCGGUGCCGCGCAGCGCAGAACAGCUCAAGGAGGCCACCACCUUCGCCGAGCCGCGGCCCGAAUGGGUGGACGCCACCAACGGCACCCGCGCGCAGGCCGGAGUCUGGGUACAGAAGCUGCACCAGUCGUUGGCCUGGUAUGACAUCAUGACCCGCCUGCCCCGCAUCACCGCCAGGGAAACCCUGGUGCUCUACGGCGAGCUCGACCGUUUGCGGGAUGGCGAAGAACUGCUCCACAACAACAUCGUGCGGGCCCGCAAGCACAUCAUGCCCGGAGUGGGCCAUAUUCCACAGAUCGAAGAUCCCGAAGGAUUUGUGGACGCGGUGGUUUCCUUCCUGAAACCGGGCGCCUGA